AUGCUACUUUCAUGUGGUGUUACACCGGAUGGGGGUAUUCUAGAUGAAACCACUUUGACUUGUUGUAGCAGUUGGGAUUCAAUUUGUGCUACUGGUACAAAGUCUGGGCAUGUAUAUUUAUGGAAUAUUUUAAGGGUCAAUGAAGAGGCGAGUGGAAUUUCUCCAGAUAAGGAGCUAGUCCCUUUUUGCGUUCUUAUUCCUAAUUCACUAUGCCCAGUUAAACUGAUCGGUAUGGUUUUUAUUUUGUCUCCCUCACCUUUAUUACAAAGUUGUACAGAUGAGUUGUUAUUAACACUGCAUUCGGAUAACAUUCUAAGAUACUGGUCCUUGGAUAAUGGAAGGUGUAUUGCACAACUAUCAGACUCGGCAGAACACGAAGUAUUGCAGUUAGUCAGCCUUGCAGACAAAAGGUUCAUAUUGCUUGUAGGACACCAACGUAUUACUAUAAUCGACACUUGGUCACGACUAAACUGUGGAGCCCUCAAAAUAGCAAGUUGCCCAUAUUCGAAACGCAUGGUCAACAACAGAAUUGAUGAGGACACACCAGAUAUGUACAAAAUUCAAUCUCCGAAUACCGUCCAUUUUUCAUAUGAAGACAAAAAUGAAAAUCCUACCCUUAAACCAACUUAUAUAUAUGGAGAAUAUGGAGAAUCUAUGAUAUUUAAUGUUUCUACUAAUCAUGAUUACUUUGAACUUCUGAAAUGGUCUUCAAAUAUCUCACUUUUUGACUACUGCGAAGAUAACAAGUAUCCCACAGCCCACUUUUAUACAGUGGCUGCAAUGCUAAAUACUGGUCAAGUUUUGGUUUGGGACUUAAGUAAUUUGAUAAGAAUUUGGUGGCACUUCAUCCCAAUUCCUCACUGUGAAAUUCCAUGCCCAGUUCCAAAACCUCAAAAAAAUAAUGUUCCUAAACCAUUUAUGAAAUAUAGCCAAGACGAAGCUGGAUUUACCAAUUCUGCUAAAAAUGCUUCUCGUUCUUCUUUAAACUAUUCUCAUGAUCAAAUUAUAUUAGAAGAUCAUCUAGGUGAGCUGGAACUUAAACAUGAACAAAUCAAACCUGAAAGUUCAACAGAAGAUAUCAACGGAUCUUCAUUUGAAAGUUAUGAUCAUAUAUUGGAGCUAAGUAGUAAUGCAAGUGACCACUCCAAGUCCAGUUCAUUUGAUUUUCCAAAUAUUUACCAAUUUAAUUCAAUUAGGUCUCCAAUGUUGGCUCCAACAUUUUUUUCCUUACAUCCAUGUUUUGUUUCAGAACCCAUCAAUUUUUAUUCUAUUCCCUCAAGUGAGAUGUUUUCAACUCAAAUUGUUGUAACAGACUUUUAUUUAAUUGUAAAUGCGAAAUAUAGGCUUAUAAUUUGGAAACGCACCUUCCUACCUCAGUUUCAAAAUAGAAACCAAAGGUACCAACCAUUUGGGGAUCUAUUUGUUCCAAACACACCAGUAUUUGAAGAUUCCAAUUUAACAAAUUCACAAAUAGAAACAGGCAUAAAAAAUUCAUGCCAUGGAAAUGAUUCUAAAGAUUCAAUGUAUGAUGUUCAUCAAACACCUCUGAAAAGAGCGACAACUCUAAAUAUAAUAAAUCAAAAUACAGAUAACUCAGAAACUAAGCAAAAGCUUCAAAUUUGGCUAGGAUUCUCUCAAAUUUCCUUGGGUAUAAGACAGUCAUGUAUCAAUAAAAGUAAGACAUUUUCUCCCAUAAGAACUCUCAGCAUGGAAUAUGAAGAAAAACAAAAACAUUUUGUAUCUUUUCUUGCGUGGUCCUCUGACUUUACAAUCUAUAGCAUUCAAAUUCCCUCAAUAGUUUGCUUUCUUUUUAGCCAAAAUUUUAACCCAAAAUAUGAAUCAAAUGUUACUUUUUCUGAACAUGAACUCGGAGAAAUUGAUAAUUUUGGUAACUACAAUGACAUAUUGGCGAUUCCUAUAUAUAUUUCCAGAGACUAUAUUCGAAUAAAUGAUAAAGAUCAAUUAAAUUACUUGGGCCAUCUUGCAAGUUAUUGGCAGUUCUUUAAAAUCAACACAUUGUAUGAGAAUUACAUAGAGGAAUCAUCUAAAUCUAGUAAAAAUACAGAUUAUAAUGAUCAAAACCACGGAAAUAAUGAAAUUAUUUGGGUUCAUAGAAAUAAUUUUCGGUUUUUAUUUGAAAAGAGUUGUGAGACACUUCCCAAUACCAAUUUUACAUAUAUUGAGCAGAAUUCAGACAAAAUAUUUUAUGCAUUCCUGGACUUAUCAAUCGUUGAAUCUCAAAAAAAACUUCCUUCAUACUACGAGUUUCCUUUUAUUCCAAAUAGUAACUCAUUUCCGAAUUACUAUACAAGUUUUAAUGAUCCUCACUCUUUUGUUUUAAAUAAUGUAGAAAUAUCUGAUUCCAAAAACAAAUUUUUCCCUGUUAAAGAUAAUAUAGAAUCUCAAAAAACUAUUGGAACUAGAAAUAAAACAAUUAUGAAUAGAUUGACUGAAAACAAGCUUUAUUGGAAAUCCACGAAAUCCUUGAGAAAUGUUUGGGAAGAUGAUAUUACUGAUUAUGAUAAGAAAAAUAAUAUUUCGGUCCUUUCCUGUUGUAUUACCGAACAAAAAAACUCCAUUUAUUGCAUAAUUUCUCUCUCGAAUGGUAAAAUUAUGGGACAAUGUCUAACUGGAGAAUUUGGACUUUUUAGUAUGAUGAAUUGUAACGAAGAUAAACAUUUUUUUGGAAAUAUCGAAAACGGAGUGGUUUACCAACUUCCUUUGCCAAGAUCUUCAUGUGGACAUAAAACAAAUGUGAUCGAAAUAAAAUCUAUUACGGACGGUUGUAUUUUUGGACUAACUUGCUGUGGAAAUGUACUAGUUUGGAAAGUGGAUCUAAUGGAGAACCUUUUUAAUAAAUUUACUUUAGGAGAAUCUAUAAAUAAAGAUCAACAUUGCAACUUUAAUCAUAAUCAUAAUAUCAAUUCUACAAAAAAUAAACAUUCACCUGGAAAUAAAACACAAGUUAUAUCUAAUAAUCUAUUUUCUCUAAUAGCUUGGAUAGAUGGCUUGUUUUUCACAAAUAUGAUUUCUCUUAACAAAGUAAUUGUUUUUGAUGUAAACAGAUUAGGAGAGCUUGGGACACCUAAAUAUGACAAGUUCCAAAUCUUGGUUCAUUCUUCCUUAGAAAAGAAGUGUUUUUUAAUAAAAGUGAAUGAUAAUAAGAUAAAUAAGAUAACCUCAAAAGCUGAGUCUAAAUCAAUUAGUAGAUGUAUUUGGGAUGAAAGAAAAGAUAAGGUCAAUACCGAAUGCCAAGGAGUCACUUAUGAAAUAUUAAGUUUAUCUUUAGAAACAGAAAAAAUACAAGACCCAAUUGAGUCCAGAAUUAAUUCAGUUGGUAUUGACAAACCAUCCAACUUUAUUUUUAUAUUGCAAAGAGACAUAGUUUUUGUAUAUGACAAAGAUUCAUGUCUAUUACUGGCAAAAAUCAGCUUUAAUUCUAUCCUCGAACUAAAAGUAUCCGAGUACCAAAACUACCACCUAUCAUAUGGUAUUAUGUCUAGUCUAAACAGAUUUAUACAGACUAGCAACCGAAUUGAAUUUUUGGAUCACGGAGUUAUGUUUGGAUCUAUAUUAAUAGGGUAUAUGCCAAAACUCGAUUUUCAACAAGAAAAUUUUAAUCAAGGAUGUCUUGGCGUUCGUUCUAGUAUGAGUAUUACAUUCAUGGCAUUUAACCCUCAUGUAUCAGCAGAUGUUGUUAGUAUUGAAAAAAAAAAACAGAAAAACACAAAAACCUCAAGAUACCUACAACAUCUUUUCCCUCUUUUUGUGAGAUCUAAUAAUGAAUUUCUAAGUAAACUCUUUGCAAAUAUGGCUCCACUUACUGUACGACCAAUUCUUAGAUUUAGUACUUUAAUUACAGGCGUGAAUUAUGCAAUUUCCAUUCCAAUCUGCAAUAAUUUGAAGAAGCAAACUUUUGAUAUAAAACAAACUUUAAGAUCAAAGUUGCGUGAUAAAACUGACUUUUGCUUCAAUACUUCUAAAAAAAGUAAUUCGGGUACCAGAAAGCGUUGUGAAUCUGUAGAUCGCUCCAGAAACAUAUAUUCUGGAUCAAGAGAAUCCAGGAUUAGAUCACACACCUAUGAUGGAAUAGGAAAUCCUCCUUAUAGAUACCUUGUUUCCGAAAACUGGAGUGAAAACAUAAUGAGACAUUUGGAUAUUAAAACUAUGUCUGUGAGAACCCUAAGAAACAGGCUUAAUAUCUCGAAUAAUAGAAAUAUUAUUAGUAGCUGUCCAGGAAGGCCAUUUUUUGAAUGGAACAGAUUACCAGAAAGGAAGAAGAAUCUCGAAGUAGACACAAAUGACUAUUAUAUUGGAGAGUUAUCCGGAAUUCCUUGUACUUCUCAUUUAGUGAACAGAAUAGUCAGAUCAAGAAAUUCUGGUUUAAACAGGAAAAAUUCAAAGUUAUCUCAAAACUUAAAAGUAAACUUGAAUUCAACUACAACACUUCAAAGAGGAGAAACUUUUGAUUCUAGAAGUUUAAUAAAAAGAGAUUCUACGGAUAAUUAUGAAAAUUCGAUCUCUUUGUUUAGAUCAAGAACAUACGAAUCGACCUUGAACUUUUCUAAUGGAUUAAUUCAAGAAUUCUCCACUUUUGAAGAUUCGGAUCAAAUUUGGUUAGAGAGAUUUUUAAACCAAAGAAAUAUUAAUGAGAAAUUUCUAGGUUAUAAGAAUCAGGGGGAAAAAACAUUCGAAUUUGAGGAUUCUGUGGAAUCUUUCAAUACUUGUGAGUUUGGGAACGAUUUAGAAUGUCAACAUGAAAUAGAGUCUUUUAGACAAGAUCCGUCAAAGGAACCUCAAGAACACUUUUCGGCACACCAACUUGCUCUUCAAAUGGUUAUUUUACAUUACUACUUUACUUAUUAUUCAAAUUUGGACUUGCCUAUACAGCUUUUAGAUAAGUUUCUAUUAUCAUGGAUAAUUGAACAUGUUGAACAAAAAAGACUGUUAGUCAGAUUCAUUCCUUUCCAUCUCUUUUCAAUCACAGGUAUGACAUUAGACGUAUUUAAUCCAUAUUUAAGACUAUCUGCAAAAUAUUGUUUACAAUUAGCAAUUAGAUCUCUUCCAAGUGAAUUGUUGUCUUAUUGCGAAGAAAUAGCAAUCGAUACUCUUUCUGGGAUAAUUAGAGAAUUCUUAAGAAUUUCAGGAUCUACAGCAGAUAAAGAAAGUAAAGAUGAGACUUUGCAUUUAUUAGAACAGGAAGUCACUACUUCAAGUAACUCAGAUUUUGGAGGAGCUUUAUGCUCUACACUUGGUAGUGAAAUUAAAGAUAUCCCUCCUUGGAAUGAAUCAUGUAGGCGUGGCCAUCCUAAAAUUUAUUCCUACUGUAGUAUUUCACUUUGUAGAAUGAUUGGUUAUAGACUUCCCUUCCCAAUUAUGAAUUCUGGCGAAUAUUACUGUUCUAAUUUAAGCAUAGAAGAUCUUUCAUUAUUUUUUUUGAGUAUGGUUCUUUAUGAGCAUCCUUUCAAAAGAACUCAUAGCAGUUGUAUAGGGAAAAUUAUUCUUUCGUUUUUGAUAAGUAUCAUUACCACCUAUGACAUUGAGAUCAUAAUAAAAUUCUCAAAAAAUUUUGAGAAACAGCAACUGGAGAAAAAAAGAUUACUUAAGCCAAUAUAUGCUAGAAGGAAUGAUACUGAACAGUGGUAUUCUUGGGAAAACCUAAACAUCGAUUCCAGCAAAUCAAAUAUUAUAAUCAGUUCAAGUUCAGAAAACUUUAAGAAUUUUGGACUUUCAAAAAUUUCUGGAUAUAAAGGUAGCCUCAAUUACGAUGCAAACUUUUAUUAUAAUAAUAUUAGUAUUAUGGAUACUUUGAGAUUUCUUUUUGCAUUAGAGCUUUUUUCUCUUAACUUUACGAGUCUUCUAAAAGCAAAAAAUAUUGAGAAUACAUGUGUUCCUAAUUUAUUGAGAAACAGCCUUACUAGUUGGGAAAACAACAUCUUCAUGGCAGCUCAUCUUUUCCAAGUAGAUAACGAAGAUUUAAAGAACAAUAUAGAACCACAAAACAAUAAAAAAGGUAUGAGCACUAAGGUCUCAAAUAGUAUUAUUUGUCUAUGUAUAAGAUUGCUCACGUUAGCACAAUAUCCACCUUUCUGGACUUCCUGCAGACAUUUACUUCAAUUAAUAGGUCAGUUAGAUCCCAAAACGUACAUUUAUAUACUCGGAUAUGCUGGAAGGACUGCAUAUCCUUAUAUGGGAAUAAACUAUACUUGCAACGUAUUAUCAUUGCUGGUAUACUUUGUAUCUAGUCUACCUGAAUACUCUUUUCCUUAUUUAAGUAUGGUUGUUGAUAUUUCCAUUGGAUUUUUGGACCCACUUGACUCUACAUUACGCAAAGGAACAAUAACGGCAGUUACAUCUGUUCUUUUCAUAUUAGUGAGUGCCUUUCCAAUGAUCACCUUCCACCAAAAUACACAAAGAUUUGCAAUAGGUUUUGAUCGUUCUAUUAUUGUUUAUGAUCUUAGGACUGCAACAAAAUGGAGAGUAUUACAAGGACAUACACAACAGGUUGAUGCAUUGUGUUUUAAUAAGGAAGGUGAAUUCCUCGCUUCAUACUCGAUAGCAGAAAAAGCUCUAAGAAUUUGGCAAUGUACACAGUCUGGACUCUUAGGAGGACUACUUGGAAUUUCAGGAAAUUGCAUCAAAACAAUAGAUCUCGCUGAAAUUCCUUCUAGAACAUUGAACUGCUCAUUAUAUUACAGACUCAAAGUUGUUAAGAUUUCGUGUAAAAACACAGAUGAGUGGCAAUUAAGAAGGGAGAAUAAGAAAACCUACACAAUUACUAUUGAUAAGAAUUGA